UAUAGUUGUUUAAAAUCAAAUUAUGCCUCACACCUCCCCAUGUCUGGGAAAUUUGUAAAAACAGUAGGAUUCUCGGGACAAACACAGUUAAUUCCCAUGUCAGCUCCAAUCUGCCUAAAAACAAAAACCAAAAGUGUGACCAUGCCUAUCCUGGUAUCAAAUCAGACUCCUAUUAAUUUGCUAGGAAGAGAUGCAUUAUGCAAAUUGGGGUUAAAAAUUUGGUGUUCUACAGAUGGGGUGUAUGUAGACAUGAUAGGAACUCAACUGAUGAUCUCUGAGCCAAAAGCAAAUGUGUACUGGAUAGGGCAGAUAGAGGAUGAUGUGAGGAAGACAAUUGAUAAGUGGGGUAGAUUCAUUGAAGCACAAAUUCCUGAAUCACAGAUGCCCAAGUCAGAAUUUCACUGUACAAUGAAAUAUGACCCCAUGAGAAAUGCAGACGUAGAAAAGGACUGGCUAGAAGGGACUAAAGAACAGAAAAUUGAAAUGAUCUCUCAAUACAUCAUAAUAGGUAAGCAAGGAGCAGCCUUGAAAAUUGCUGAAAAUGAGUUCAUAAACAAAUGGUUUGAUGUAGAUGAUUCUGUGCCACAUAUAUCUUUAUAUGUAGGGAAAAAUUGGGAAGCAAAGGAUCUAGGACCAAUGAUGAAAAAAGCUGCACAAUGUGAAUGGGAGACUACAAUAAAUCCAUUGAUUUUCCAUUCUGCUGAUAAAAAUUACAUAAAAAUCUUGUGUGGUACAUCCUUGCUAGGUACGCCUCAGGAGAUAGUCAUUAAUCAGAAACAGCAAGUACAAAUGAUGUCAGCACCAGAGUUAGAAAGUACCACUGCUAAACUUUUACAGGAAGUUGAACAUCAAGUACCAGCUGAACUAUGGUCGCAGCAUGAGACAGAUGUAGGGUUAGUGAAGUCAGCCUGCCCAAUACAAGUACAACUUAAGCCAAAUGCACGCCUUCCUAGGAAAGGACAAUAUCCCUUGAGCCAAGAAGCCGAAUUAGGUAUAAAGGAUACAAUUGAAGGACUUGUUACCGGAGUGUUAAUAGAAACCAACAGUUAUUGCAACACUCCUAUCUAUCCUAUACUUAAAGCAAACAAAACUAAAUGGCGUCUUGUACAUGAUUUAAGAGCAAUCAAUGACAUAGUAGAAGAUUGGCCAGCUGAUGUUCCUAACCCACACACGCUGCUAACAAAUGUUCCUCCUGAUGCCAAAUACUUUACGGUAAUUGAUCUUUGUUCUGCAUUUUUCAGCAUUCCAGUGGCAGAAGAAAGUAGAUACCUGUUUGCAUUUACAUAUGCAGGUAAACAAUAUUCAUAUGCCCGCCUGCCCCAAGGGUUCAAGCACUCGCCCCAUAUAUUUAAUCAAGUUCUCAAAGCUGAUUUAGAAGACCUAUUGCUAGAUAGCACAUUGUUACAAUAUAUGGACGACCUUAUUUUGUGUUCAACAUCACGAGAACAAUGUCAUAGGGACUCCAUUAAAGUGCUUACAAGAUUAGCACAAGGGGGUCAUAAAGUAUCUAAAACCAAACUGCAAUAUUGUCUGCCACAGGUUGAAUACUUAGGACGAUUAAUUUCCUAUGGCACCAAGGCCAUAGCCCCAGCUCAUCUAGAAGGCGUAAGUAAAGCACCAUUGCCACAGACAGUAGGCCAGAUGAUGACCUUUUUAGGGAUGACAGGCUUCAGUAGUGAUUGGAUAGAGGACUAUGCUAUAAAAACAGCUCCAUUGAGAGACAUCAUGAAGCAAGCAGGGCUGCAAAACACGAAAGCCCCAUUAGCAUGGCAUGCAGAUGCCUUAAUGGCAUUUGAGUCAAUUAAGAAAGAGUUACAAAAGGCACCUGCAUUAAGUACACCUGACUAUACCAAGCCCUUCCACCUGUACGUGGCUAAUAGGGCUGACGGGUAUGCAUCAGCUGUAUUAAUGCAGGAAACCUGUAGUGGUAGGAAAAAACAGCCAAUAGCCUACUAUAGCACUAAACUAGACAAUGUAGCGCAAGGAUACCCACCCUGUUAUCAACAAGGUCUUGCAGCUGUACAUCAGGUAUAUGAAAAAGCAGCAAGAAUAACUAUGGGAUACCCAGUUAUCAUUUACACGCAUCAUAAAACGGCAGAGUUAAUUGAGCAAGGAAAAUUUGUUUUGACUCCAGCCCGUAUUUUAGCGUAUAAUUUGCUACUUACAUAUCCUGAUAUUACAAUUAAGAGAUGUAAUACUGUUAAUCCAGCCGAAUUAAUUCCAUUGGAGCAUGAAGGUAAACCACAUGAUUGUGUAGCCAAUUCCUUAGCGUUCACCAGGUUACGUCCUGACCUUGAGUCUGUCCCAAUUCCUGAAGCAGAAAUUUCUUACUUUGUAGAUGGAUCCAGUUUUAGAGAUCAUUUGGGAAUUCAUACGGGAUAUGCAAUAGUAAGAAAAGAUGGAGAUAAUUUUGUGCCUGUAAUAUCUCAACACUGCACACAGCCAUGCUCUGCUCAGUUAGCAGAAUUAAAAGCCCUUACAACUGCAUGUCAAUUAGCAGAAGGACAGACAGCGAACAUCUUUACAGAUUCUGCAUAUGCUCAUGGCGUGUGUCAUCUUUUUGGAGCAGUAUGGAAACAGAGAGGUUUUAAAAAGAGUGAUGGAACCCCCAUACAGCAUGCUGAGCAGAUAAGUCAACUAAUUUCUGCUAUGAUGUUACCAAAACGAAUAGCAAUCAUCAAAUGUCAAGCACACAAAAAAGGAAAUGACUUUGUCAUUAAAGGUAACAACAUAGCAGACUCUGAAGCCAAAAAGGCCUCUGGGUGUCAGAUAGCUAUAAUAGCUCCAGAAGUAAUUAUAGAACCACACCCAAGCUUAGAUGACAUUAUACGAAUUCAACAGCAAGCAGGCCCAUACGAGCAAUCUAUGUGGCAUCAAAGAGGAGCAACAAAAGAUUCUCAAAACAUUUGGCGUUCACAUGAAGGCCAUAUUGUGGCACCCACCUCACUUUUGAACAUCCUUAUCCUAGAUGCUCAUGGGUUUGACCAUUGUGCAAGGGGGGGAGGUAGUAAGGAAAAUUAA